AUGUCGACUCAAUCAGGUGUACCGGUCGUCAAUGAAACUGAUCUAGAAGAAACAGAUCCUAUUAUAGCUAAACUCCAGAAAACGGGUUGCUUAGAAAAACAUUACGCUGUCUUGGAAUGUUGGGAUCAUCAUAAAGAUUGGAGGAAGUGCCAACAAGAAGUUCAUGACUUCAGAAAUUGUAUGGUCAGUCACGAAAAAAACAAAGCAGCUUCAACAUCCAAAGUCUUAGUGCAUCUCAAUCAACCUACAAAAAUGGUUGUUGUAGUUCGAAACAAUUUGGGUAUGGGCAAAGGUAAAAUAGCUUCUCAAUGUGCACAUGCAGCUGUUGAGUGUUACAAGACUGGUUUAAAGACAGAUCAUAAAAUAGUGAAAAUAUGGUUAGCUAGUGGUCAACCCAAAGUAGUUGUCAAAGUGGACACUGAAGAAGAGUUACUCUCAAUCGCCGCGAUUUCAACCAAAAAAGGUCUCAUCAACUGCCUAAUCAAAGAUGCUGGAAAGACCCAAUUAGAGCCGUACACUACCACAGUUCUGGGGAUUGGACCAGGGAAGAAGCAAGACAUCGAUUUAGUCACUGGCCACUUGAAGUUACUUUGA